UGUGUAUUUGUAACUUGGGGAGAAAUUAAACUCACUUUCCGAAUUUCCAUUGAAUUAGACCAACCACCUAAAUUACAGUAUACAAUUUGUUAUCCCCAAAACUGAAUCAUAAAGGUAGUGUUUGCAAAUAUGGUUUCUUCCCAAACUGAGAGUCAUGUAUUAUUGAGCUCCGAAGGAGAUUCUCAAAGGACACAGUACCCAUACGUUACCGGUACAUCUGUGAUUGGGAUUAAAUACAAGGAUGGCAUUCUUAUGGCUGCCGACAUGGGAGGGUCAUAUGGAUCCACUAUACGGUAUAAGAGUGUGGAGCGAUUGAAGCAAGUGGGAAAGCAUUCUCUCCUUGGUGCAAGUGGGGAAAUCAGUGAUUUCCAAGAGAUUCUACGUUAUCUUGAUGAACUUAUCCUGAAUGAUAAUAUGUGGGAUGAUGGGAACUCACUUGGUCCUAAAGAGCUGCACAAUUAUUUAACCAGGAUCAUGUAUAAUCGUCGCAACAAGUUUGAUCCGUUAUGGAAUUCGCUGGUACUUGGCGGAGUAAAAAAUGGGCAAAAGUAUCUAGGAUCUGUUAGCAUGAUUGGCGUACACUUCGAAGACGAGCAUGUUGCCACCGGGUUUGGUAACCAUCUUGCCCGCCCAAUUCUCCGUGAAGAGUGGAGGGAGGAUCUGAGUUUUGAGGAGGGUGUGAAAUUACUGGAGAAAUGCAUGCGCAAUCUUUUGUAUCGUGAUAGGUCUGCUGUCAACAAGCUUCAGAUAGCAAAUAUCACAGAGGAAGGAUUGACUAUCUCUCAGCCUUACUCCUUGAAGACUUUCUGGAAUUAUGCUGCUUUUCAGAACCCCACAGUUGGUGCUCAGGGAUCAUGGUAGGACCCUGGCUUUUUGAGUUCCUGAAACAACUCACAAUGAUGUAUUUCGGUAUGAUGGCUUAAGUUUUUUAGCUCCGGAUUAUAAUGUUCCUUUGUAGAUUUGAUUUCUAUGUCAAACUUUGUUGUUAUUUAAAUAUCUGAGAUUAUUCUGCUUAA